GCUGUAGUAGACAGUCAGAAAAGAGGAGGGGUUUAACCAUGUGCAUUUCCGGUUCAAAGUAGAACGUGGUUCUGCCGUAUCACCAGUUUGAACUGUGAAUCAUUGACAGGACAUACGCUUAAGAGUAAGAGAGAUAAUGGCUGAAAAGAGUGGUCCCCCUGUCAUCCUGGAUCAUAAUUUAUGGGGAAACUUUACACAUCAUUAUGGAUCUGACCUGGAUCAUCAUGAUGUGCCUGAUGGGCCAGACAGAAUAUACAUGGAUUACAACGCCACCACACCAGUGGAUCCAGAGGUGAUCGUGGUUGUUACUGAUGCUUUAACUGAUGCGUGGGGAAAUCCCAGCAGUAAUUACCUCCCAGGUCUGAAAGCCAGAGACAUCAUUUACCAUUCCAGAGACACCAUUGCAAGGAUGGUGGGUGGAAAAGCAGCAGACAUUAUUUUUACUUCAGGAGGAACUGAGGCCAAUAAUCUGGUGUUUCACACAGCUGUGGAGCACUUCAGGAAGAGCAAGACUUCUGCAGAGGGAGGCACGAACAGCCAGCAGCUGAAUGGAAGAGGCUCUUUACCUCAUAUUAUUAUCUCUAAUGUGGAGCACGACUCCAUCAAACUCACAGCUAAACACUUGUUAAAGGAGGGCAAAGCAGAUGUCACAUUUGUGCCCGUUUCCAAGGUGACGGCACGGGUGGAGGUUGAGGAUGUCAUUGCAGCGAUUCGUCCCACCACCUGCUUGGUGUCGAUCAUGCUGGCCAAUAAUGAGACAGGCAUCAUUAUGCCAAUUAAGGAUAUUUGUCAGAGGGUGAAGGAUGUAAACAAACAGAGGGCAGCAUCAGCUCCCAGAAUCCUCCUGCACACUGAUGCAGCCCAGGCUAUUGGAAAGAUACGAGUGGAUGCACACGAGCUGGGAGUAGACUACAUUACCAUCGUAGGACACAAGUUUUAUGGCCCUCGAAUCGGUGCUUUGUUCGUGAAUGAUCCAGGAACCACAACCCCUGUUUACCCUCUGCUCUUUGGAGGAGGACAAGAGCGCAACUUCAGGCCAGGAACUGAAAACACAGCAAUGAUAGCAGGUCUGGGAAAGGCUGCCGAAUUAGUAAGCUUAAAUCUAGCAGAGUAUGAAGCCCAUUUCCUGGAUAUCCGAUGUUAUCUAGAGCAGAAGCUGCUUGCUGUCUUUGGAAAAGAUAAGAUUCAUUUUAAUAGCCAUUUUUCUGGCUCAGACAUUUUGCCUAACACAUGCAAUUUUUCCAUUUUGGGAAGAGGACUUCAAGGGCGUAGAGUGCUGUCCACCUGUAGGAGGUUGUUGGCCAGUGUGGGUGCUGCCUGCCACUCAGACAGAGGAGAUCAACCUUCCCAUAUUCUUCUAAGCUGUGGGAUUCCGUAUGAUGUGGCUACCAAUGCUCUGAGGAUUAGUGUGGGUAGAAGUACCUCCCGUGAAGAUGUGGACAUUGUCGUGGAGGAUCUGAGAGACACUGUAGAGCAACUGGAGCGAAUGAACUAGCACCAUUUGUUCCCUGAGGUGUGAAUGUUGCACAUGCCAAUAUAUAACCAAAAACAAUUUUACUGAAUUGUUUAUUUAAUAUAGAACUAUGUGGCUUUGCACAUAAAUUAGAUAAUGUCAUGAUGAGUAUAGGCUUAAGGUUUUCAGGGUCAUCAUCAGGUUGCACUAUACAGAUCUAAAAACUAUUUAUUUAACAGAAUAUUAUAUUUAAAUCUGAUUUAUGGAACUGCAGGGAAUUUACUGUAGCUGAUAAAUAGUUUUUACGUUUUAAACAGCUUGCAUAUAGGGGUGUGCUAUAUGUAUCAUCUACGAUACUAUUGUGCGUAAUUAUGUCACUCAUUUUGCAUAAAGCAAACAAAAACACACCUUGAGUGUCCACACAAUUCACUUUUUGUUGAAGCUUAUUAGAAUGCAGUUAGAAUAUAUCUAAAUAUGGGUCAAACAAUCCCUUCUUUUAUCUUUAUCUAAUCUUUUAUCUUUAUAUAUGAUAUAGUUGAUAUAAUUAUUAUGAUAUAGUUAAGCAAUAUCAGCACUAUUGCAAAUGGGAUAUUGAUUUUUAUACAAGAAGUUUCUAUUAAGUGCGUUACAUGUUAGUCACUAAAUAAUGUAUAUUUUUCCCUAUUUUGCCAAGAAAUAGUUCCAAACAGUUUUAAGUAUUUGGUUUAGGUAUCUAGGGGUCAGUUUGCCCUUCCUAAUUUUACAUGUAAUACACUGUGAUGAUGUUUUUUUUUUUUUUUUUUUACGGUUUCAUAAUAGAAUGAUGUGUAAAAAGAUUGAUGUACAAAAUUGUUCCAAUUAUGUAAUGGAUGUAUGUUGUAGAUGUUCAUACCCCUUUUUUAAGGGAAAGACAAAGACCUGUUCAUUGUAACUUGGUGGCUGCACUUAGUUACAUUGUGAUGUGACGGAGCGUGCACGUUCAGAAUGAGACGGAGAUAUCUGUUACCAGUACAACAAAGCUGCAACAGCAUUAUUAAAUGAGCUAAAUGGACUCUCUUUAACGUCUGAGUGCUGAUCUGAUCUCACCUGACACUGAAUCAUUAAAGUUCAUAUGCUCUAACCAAA